AUGGCUGUUUCCCCUGAUCAAGGAGUUGUUAUCUCAACAUUGAAGGCAGAGAUGGAGUCUAUCAGCACGGACCACUCUCUGAAUGGAAAGUAUGUUUCUCAAACUCCUAAAAAGUUACACUGCUCAAAAUCCGCAAUUUGGGCUGAGAAUACUGGCCUCUUCGAAUCAUGCAUCGAUCUAACAUGGCUGAGCAACACAGAAUGGGAGGCAACGAAGUGGUGUGAAGUUGACGAGAAUGAUAUUUCAGGUACCGAUGGUAAUUGCAACCACAAGUACUACAGCGCAUCGACAGGAUGGUCAAACUGGGCCAAUACGGGUAAACAAUUCUGGGACACGCCUGUCGCCCUAAAUUAUGGCUCAAACAAGGAGAAUUUUGCAGUCUUUGGGGUAGGGUACGAUGGUCUUGCUUGGGGGGGGGGAAACGCUACCUCUAACACAACAUUUACGUGGAACAGUAUUGGUGAGACGACUAAGAAAAUCCGGCCUAGCUCUAUAUCGGUCACCCCUUUUUCAAAUUAUGUUCGUAUAGUCGCCGUUAGCCAAAGUGAUUCUCAAUUACUAUCCGGCUAUCUUGAUAGUCGUUCCUGUGCCCCUAACUGGGACACAAUCCAGACUGCUUGCUAUUGCUUCAGUAAUCCUGUUAUCGUCUCUUGCAAAGAAAAUUCUCAAGAUAUCUUUGUGUUUGGAGAAAACUGCAAUUUGAUGCGUUCAAGUAUUCGUAACAAUGGUAACUUUGGGCAGUGGCAGAACCUUAGUGGUUCUUAUUUUUACCAUCCCACUGCAAUCUCGGUGUCUCCCGGUCGUCUUGAUGUCUUUGGCAUCGGUAGCGACGCGCAGCUAUAUCGAAGUUCCUUAACUAUUACAGGGAAUGAGGUUGGUACCUUUACACAGACAUGUCUUGGGGGUACUUCAAUAUCUUCUCCAAAGAUACAAAUCGUAUCACCUGGUGUAUAUGCAGUUAUUACUGAGAAAUCAAAGGGUGUUUUCCAGCAAAAGUACCUCGAGACUUCUACCGGUGUAUGGACACCCAGCGGUGGCAUGACUGAAAUCGUUCCCCCUGCAGUAUAA